AUGCAGGCUUUCACCAAAUAUGUAAUUUUUUCUUCGGUUUUCAAUCCUGGUAUAUUCGGUUCAUCCAUUCGUCGAAUGAGUAUGACGUCUCAUUUCUCUACCCGCCGCCGUUACUCACAUAAUUCAACUCCUUCAAAGAGCCAAAUCGAUAACAUUGUGGAACUACUGAAAAAUCUCGAAAAUAUUGGAAUUCUGGAUAAGCGAUUGCACAACGAGAUUAGAAGACAUAUCCAACAAAAUAAUACUGUGAUAUCUGACGGAGACGAUGGUAUGAUUGGAGCUUGCUACAAGGAUCUGCUGCCAUUAACUGAUUUGAAAGCACAUUUAAUCCACAAUGAAGACAGUAAAGUAAAGUAUCUCUCGGAAGAUGUUCUAGACACUAUGAAAGAUAAGAAUUAUUCGAUAUUGGCACUUUUGGUCAAACUCAAAUUGAUUUAUAGUCAUUUUUUAACAGACGACAAUUUGUUAAGCGACGGUUGCGAAAAAACGUUGGAAGAACAAAUGUAUUCUCCUGAGCAGAAGGAAGAAAAUCUUUUGAAUGAAUUGCUGAACGCACCAUUAAAUGACAUUGAACAUUUUCUUAAAGAAAGUGGAAAAAACUUUGACGCGUUUUACACCAUAGAAAAUGUCAAUGGUCUGAAGCAUCGCAUUUCUCAUCCUGUUGUAGAUUCAUCGAUACAGGCACAAUGUGUGAUAGAUGAGAUAUGCGAAUAUAUUAACAAUUCGUUAACAAAAAAGUAUUCUCCAUUGACGUCAACCGAAAUAGUCACCUAUAUAGCGGAUCAAUAUUGCUCCGAAGUCACAUUUCAGUAUAGAUAUUUAUUGCAAAAGUUUAUUGAGAGCAAACCGGAGAAAUUCACAUUGGCCAAUUUUUAUCGAGUUGCAAAGAUCCAACCCAUCUUUUCGGCAGAACUUGAAAAACGAUUGGAAAAUCUCUUCAAACAUUACUGCGACAUGGUCUCGCAAGCUUUGCAAACUGUUCAAUAUAAGCAAGAAGAUAUUCGUCAACAGUCUGUUGAGCAUUCUUCGUACGACAACGACUCGGUUAAUUCUGAGUCACAAUCUGGUAAUGGCGAUGGCUAUCAGCAUGAUUUAUGGCGCGAUCCACCUCGACGAAUAUUUCUUCUGUCUCGUUUUUAUUCGCUGUAUCAUUGCAUUGCCUCAAAUCAACCUGUAUUUUACAGCCAACGAAAAGCAAAUUGGCUUAUCGAAAUUAUUUUUUCGUAUAAGACAGUUUCGACAUGUUUCACUUGCAUUCGAAAUAAUAUGUUGAUGACAGUCUCCUUGGCUGUAGUUUCAAAUGAAAUUUGUGUUUAUUUGCUCGAAGUACAAACCGUUGAACUGUUACAAACUGAAUCGAUAUAG